GGACGCAUUGACAAUGAUAAAGAACAACUGAGAGAGGAGUUUCACACGUACUCUCUGCUAGGUUUCUCCAGCUGUGGUGCAUCAGAAUGGAAGACGUUAAAUUACUUCUGUGAUGACUCCUCUGAACGACACCGGGACGCGGAUGCACGAAGAUACCUUGCUGUUUCCCGUCGGGACGUACAAAGUUCUAGCCAUUUCUAUCGGGAUCAUUGGCGUGUUGGGUUUCUGCAACAAUCUGCUCGUCCUCGCACUUUACUACAGGUUUAAGAGGCUGCGGACGCCCAGUAACUUACUGCUAGUGAACAUCAGUGUGAGUGAUCUGCUGGUGUCGGUGUUCGGGACCAAUUUCACCUUAGUCUCGUGCCUGGAGCGCACAUGGGUUUGGGACACCACCACGUGUGUGUGGGACGGAUUCAGCAACAGUCUGUUCGGUAUCGUGUCCAUCAUGACGCUAUGUGCUCUGGCAUAUGAACGCUACAUUCGAGUGGUACAUGCCAAGGUCAUAGACUUCCCCUGGGCCUGGAGAGCCAUCACACAUAUCUGGCUCUACUCACUCGCAUGGACUGUUGCUCCUCUCCUGGGCUGGAACAGGUACACCCUGGAGAUCCACCAACUGGGCUGCUCUUUGGACUGGGUCUCUAAAGACCCCAAUGAUGCCUCCUUCAUCCUGUUCUUCCUCCUUGCCUGCUUCUUUGUUCCUGUGGGGAUCAUGGCCUACUGCUAUGGAAACAUCUUGUACACAGUGCAUAUGUUGCGCUCCAUUGAGGAUCUUCAAACAGUCCACAUCAUUAAGGUCCUACGCUAUGAGAAGAAGUUGGCUGCUAUGUUCCUGAUGAUGAUUAUCUGUUAUCUGGUGUGCUGGACACCCUAUGUCGUGGUCUCUAUGUUGGUAGCUUUUGGCAAUCAGAAUGCUGUCUCGCCCACUGUUGCCAUCAUUCCCUCAUUCUUCGCCAAGUCCAGCACAGCUUAUAACCCAAUUAUAUAUUGCUUCAUGAGCAGGAAGUUUCGGCGCUGCUUGUUGCAAUUGCUGUGCUUCCGCUUGGCCCAUCUGAAGUGCAGCAUUAAGGAUCACCCUCUGACCUGUUCCAGCCAACCAGUACGCCCUAUAGUGAUGUCCCAGAGCCGUGAUGACAGGCCUAAGAAAAGGGUGACAUUCAACUCUUCUUCUAUUGUUUUCAUAAUUGCCAGCAAUGAAACAGACCCACCGGACAUUAGCUACAAAUAUAGAGAGGCAUCAGAGACUAAUGUGAUUCAAGUUCGUCCACUUUGACCCCACUACAAGAACACCAAACUUUUGGAACAGCAGUUUUUGCUGUGUACUGAAGACAUUUGGGUUUGAGCUCAAAAAAUGAAUAUGAGAAUUUCAGAUUUCAAUUUCAUUUCAUUUUCUAGAUGUGUUAAACAAUGUGGCACAUUUGGUGGCCACCCCCCAAUUGCUAGGUGGGCAAAACUCUUGGAAUAGAUUUUUACAUUAAGACUCAAUAUUUGGUUGCAUAUCCUUUGCUUACAAUAACUGCAAGCUGGAGACAAACUGACAUCACCAAGCUGUUAGAUUCUUCAUUUGUUAUGCUUUUUCCUUGUAUACUGCAGGUUUCUUGCAGUAACAACAAGCCACAAACAUCCAUCCCAACAUUAUUUGAUCACUUGAAAGAUGGGUGGGUUCGAACAAACAGUUCAAUGUACAAAGGUUCUUCCAAUACUUUUGGAGAGCAAAAUAUAUGUAAUGAAUAUCUACAGCUUUAUUGUGUAGAGUCAGACUUUUCAAAUACUAUCAUGAUGACCCAUUUUAUUUGAUACAUAUAUGUGAGAAAAAAAAAAACCUUUUACAUGAUCGUUAUGGUCAAAAGUGUUCACAUGCAACAUCGUAUAAUAUACAAUGCUUCGUAUAAUAUAUAUUUAUGUAAUAUAUAAUUAUAUAUUUACUUCACUCAUAUAAUUUUGAGUAUUUGAUAAUGAAGGCUAUAUUUUAUGCACCUUCACUGGCCUCAAAUAACCUGCUGUCUUAUCACUGUUAUUAAUACUUUCCACAUCCCGCCUGGAUUCAGUCAUCACAGUCUUAAGGACCAGAUACUUGACUCGACUGUGGAAUGUUAAAAAAUUAUGCAAGAUGAAUUAUCUUUUCAACGUCCUUUGACUCAGCUUUUUUGUGUGCACACACCAUAAAAUGACGUUACAAUUAUCUAAUAAACUUAUCUACAGUAGGAAAAGAAGGAAGUUACAGUAAAUGUAAAUAAUGUUUAUAUCCAAAAGGUCAGGCCUGCAUAUGGCAGGCACUUAUUUCCAGGGAUUUCAUUCAUACAUUUAUCUCAUUUAUACAGCUGAGCAAUUAGGAUUAUUAAGGGCCUUGCUCAGGGGCCAAGCAAAGGCAGCUUGAUAGCCCUGGAAAUUGAACUCACAACUUUCCAGUCAAUAAUCCAAGACCUUAACAAUUUCUGACUGAUAAACAACUGAGGGAACAUAUCUAGACAAACACAAAAAGUAUGUGUAUAAAAACAAGCAAACUGAGGAGGUCUGCUUACUAAAAUGUUAGUAGAAUGACUAUACAUGAGUGCAAAUGAUGCGGCAGAGAUGUAAAGUGUUAUAGUCGUACUGUACAUAUAUACCACAUAAGAAGAAAGCAACACAGCACAAAUAAAUCGUACGGACAUUAGGAAAUGUAUUGUAAAUCUGAAAUGACAGCAUUACUUCUGUGGGUUGCUCUGGAUAAGGCCGUCUUCCAAGUGGCAUAAGUGUAAAUGUAAUAAGUAAAACAAAAUCAGACAUACAGUAGUACUGUAAGUUGAACAAAAUUCCAGAAUUACAUUUUUAGAUAGCAAAUGGAUAGUUCAAUUUCAUUCAAACAUUGAAGUACAUUUUCAAUUUGCAAACACCUUUUAUGUAAAAGAUAUUACCUAUUCAAUCCAUGUGUAUGCAGGUAAAUAUUAAGGGUCUUUCUCAAGCGUUGCUCAAGAGCAUUACAGCAAUUUGACCUCGCCAGCUUCCUAAUCACUAAGAAAGAGCUUCAACCUUAACCACCACAGCCAACUCUAAUGCUUAUUCAUGCCAUUAAAAAUAAAACAAAAAUAUGUAACUAUAAUUUGAGUCCUGUCUGGUCAGAAAAACGUGACAUUAUUUCUUUAAUUAUGUUCACUGAUUUAUAAUUAAUUUGUCUAAUAAGAAUUACUGUUAUUUAACAAGAUUAAACCCAAUCCAGCCCUCUUGUUCUGUUCCAGCCCUCUGUUUAAACACAUAAGGAAUUGUUGGAUGUAAUAGUAACAAUGAUUUGCUGAAAUUAAAUUUUAAUGAGGUUAAGGAGAUCACAGGAUCUGAAAGUAUUCAUUGGAAUUAUGGAUGGGCAAAAAAGUAUGGAGGAUGAUGGAGACAUCUUAAAAUAUCUUCAAGGUUCUCUUGGGAAAAUCUUAGUUUUGGAACCAGUUAAGAGCUAGAAGUUUGCUCCAUAGCUGCUCCACAGUGAUGCUGGGCUUUUUGGGAAAGUAUCUUAUUAGCAAAUAAGUCGCUCCCACUGUGGACACUGUCCCCCAAAGCAACAGGCCCUGAGUUAUCGCCUGCAAAAAAACAAGGACCAAUUUAAUGCCAUGACGUAUCAGAUUUUUCUUAUUGCUUUUCAAAAAAGUAAGUGAAAACAUAAGCAAAGAUUUAUGUAAUAUUUCUUACUAAAAGAUUUGAGUACAAUCAAUAUAAGACGACAAAGGCUUUGUUCUAUCAGCAGAUAAUAUUAAGCUAAUAAUACUUUUUGUUCGUUUUUGGGUAAUGGACAAAUUUUUAAUAAUAACUGAGUUUAGUGAUGAGGCAUUAAAGGCAAAUUUAGGCAUUAAAGGCAAAUACCAUGUGGCAAACUGACAUUUCUGUUCAAAAGGAUGUCUGAUAUUCUCAGUCUUUCUAGUUGCUUGGACACAACUGUCAGUUUCACACACACACACACACACACACACACACACACACACACACACACACACACACACACACACACACACACGCAAACACACACACAACCACACAAACACCCCCCCUCACACACACACACACAAACAACCACCCACCCACACACACACACACACACACAAGCACACACACACUUUUGAAUGGUUUAGAGUUUGUUCUACCACCUUGUUCUGCCAUUUCCAAUGGAUCACUGCUUGAUGGUAGCGUGUUCGUGUGAAGGUGACCUGAGAACAAACAAGCUCAAAGGUUAUUUUUGUUCAUUAAACAGACAAACUGUAAGGUUUGGAACCAAGGAAAAGUUUAAGCACAAAAUGACUUACCAUUGUGUAUAAUGGGAUUAUUGUUCUUGGCAUUAUAAAAUGUAGUGCAUUGUCCAGAUAUUUACGGAACAGGAAGUACUUGGAGUUUACAUGUGCUCGCAUCUAAGACACAAAAAAGAACUGUUAAAAUGCUCAAUAGCAAGAUGUUUUAUUCAAAGCAUUACAACAAAAACAUACAAUUGCACAUCCCUGUUAAUUUGCUGGCUUUUGUAAUGCAAACAAUAAAAUUGAAUACCAGUUAAAUCAUGUCAGAAGUUUUUCUACCUUGAAUGUGAUAUAACAACCAUUCAAGGGUGUGCACACUAAUGCUAAGAGAUUACCGUAAGUUUCAAAUGUUUCGUUUUUCCCGUAAAAUGUUUCUCUAGGUUUUUCACUUGAAUUUUGUUGGUUAUCACAUUCAACAUGAAAAAAGAUCCAACAUGAUUUCUUUUUUUUUUUACCUGUAAUUUUUAAAUAGGCGUGUAGACUUUUUCUAUCCACUGUGUAUAUAUUUAAAACAUCUACUAAUAUCCAUAACCGCAUUUAAUAUGUAUCUGAUUUUGCUUUUGUAUGUUCUUACAAAUUUACAAUCAUGUCCCCAUACUAAUGUUGUAACAGGUUUAACUGUUACCUGGGUUUCCUACUCUCCACUAGGGGGCAGCUGAGGUCACAAACCCCAAGUAUUUAACCAGGUAGUAGAGUAGAAGAAGGGAGAUUUGUUUGGAAGAGGGAAGCGUGGUUUUGCUCUAGUUCCUUUCGAAUUAUUGCUUUUGGAGUCCUGAUUGAGAAACUUUGUUUCCAGUUCAAUUUUAUGGACUUUUUGUAUGCUACUAUACAUUCUGUUGGGAUCUACAUGAAUUGUAAAGGCUCUACUUUCAUGGACCACAAGAACAUUUCCCAAUGAAGCGCUAGUGGUGCUUUUGCUUUGAGGAUGAUCGGUACCACAAGUACAAGGAUCUGACUUUGUGGGCUGUUAAAUGUGGAUUACUUGAACAUUUGCAUAUGCAGGGUUUUCAUCAUAAUAGGGAUUGGAUUUUCUGAUAUGAAACAUUGACUGACUGGUGUAACCAUCCUCUGCUGCCAAUAUUCAAAGAGUUGUUUGUCUAUAACUUUGAACUCUCAUGUUCCAUUGUUUUUUUUUUGGUCAUAAUCAUUCUUGUCUGAAACCUGAUAUUAUAAAAGGAUUUAAAAACCUAAUUUUAUACAUUGUUGUUUGUCGUAAUUCCUGGGAAAUACAUUAACAUCUUUGUAAAAUUAGUAGUUGGUAGCCCCACCCCUUUUUUCAUAUGUAUAGCUACCUGCCUCUGUAGGGGGCAGGGGUUAUAUAAUUGGAACAGGGACUUGACCAACGUAAGAAAUCUAGUUUCAAAAAUUUCCCAGUGAUUGUCACAAAAAAAAGCCCAAACACAACGAUAUGGCUAGUCAGGAAGCUUUAGGUGGGGAUGAGUCCGUACCCGAUCCAGAUUUUUCAUCUGUACCAUUCAGCAUGCCCAGAGAACCACUACGGCAGCUGAUUAAUACUUUCAGUGACUUGUAUAUUUGAUUCAGAGGAGGAGAAUGAGGAAGUUAUUGGGGGGAAUUUCCUUCCAGACGACCAGGUUUUGCCCCACCACCUCCACCAGACAACGUUGAGGAAAAUGCACCUAACACUUCCAUUGACGUGUCGGUUAUGCUAGAAAGGCUCACGGAACACUUCGCCUCUCUUGACGAGCGGCUCACCAGCAUCAAUCAACGGGUGAGUGAACAGGUUACCAUCACUGAUUUUGAGUCACAACGCAAAGCCACUGAAGACAAAUUGUUAUACCGCAUAGACCGUGAAUGCAAUAGAGUGGGAAAGUAUUUGGAGCUCCUUAUUCAGGAUCUUGGUCAGUCGGUACUGGAUUGUUUUAAGAGAGACCACCAACUUGAACAGAGAUUACAAUCUCUUCUGCCUUCAACAUCCACUCCAGUUCAACCCACGAAUACUAAUACUGUUCGCGUAGCACUGAAAGAUCAAACCUACAGUCUUCCGUCUAAUACUCUCCCAGUCAUGGGCAAUUCAUCUGUAAAUCCGUAUGUUCCGCCAGUCAAACUCGAGUUCCCCAGUUUCAGCAACAGUCCCAGAAGAAGACCCUAUCCUAUUCAUUGAACGGUGUGAGGAGUACUUUGCUAUUCGGCCUUUGAAGGAUAAUGAAAUUUUGUCUUCUUUAACGGCUGUCCUUAAAAGCACUGCUAAAGAUUGGUGGAUGGCUGAGAGGAAGAAUGUCCAUAACUGGAGACAUUUUAAAGAGUUAUUUCUGCAAUCAUAUCUAGGUGAUCAUUAUGAAGAGGUGGCAGUGAGGAAGCUGAUGGAGAGAAGACAAGGGGCAAGGGAAAGCUUCAGAGAUUUUGCUUUUCAUUAUCGAGCUCUUUGCCUGAGAUGGAAGAAGCAGAUGUCAGAGAGAGAAAUCGUACAGGCUAUCUUGCGCAACUGUAAUCCACGGCUUGCUAGCUUGCUACACGGAAAUAUUAAAGAUGUAGGAGAACUCGUAAGAGUGGGUACGCAGAUAGAAAGAGAUUUUGAUGAGUCAAAGAGAUACUGGACUCAAGUCAAUGUGGAUGAGCAGAAGAAAAGAAAUCCUUCCGUGAAUGAUCCACAACGCAGAACAAUCACUGCUAACACUAGAGUGGUCCAAACUUGCCAACAUACUGUACAGCACUUCAAAAAUCUUAUUAUUCCAACAACACUGCAAGACACAGAUUUGACUGCGAUGGUGGACACUGGCGGUACUUUAUCAUUAAUUCAAAAGUCAUGUUGGAACCAGUUAAGUAGAAGAGCAACAUACUUACCAAGUGGAGGUCAAGCUUUCUUUCUUGCCAAUGGGCAACGACAAGUAGCGGUUGGGAAAAUCGUUUGGAAGAGUAAAGUACAGGGUCGUCCAGUCGAUUUGACAUUGUAUAUAAUGAAUGACACUGACCGACUUUAAUAAGGCCCGGUAUUCUUUUACUUCUACGGAGGGCUCUGAAGCACCAGAGACCUUUCCAUUCCUCCAUCGGGACACUUAUUCUUCUGUGCACUUCUACCUUGCUAUACCUCUAACGUCCUGCAGUGAUGAAGUCUUUCAGUCUAUAUGCCAACUAGUCGAACAGGCAGACACUGAUACACAGACACAGCGAGAGUUGAAAAGUCUGAUGUUAAGUUGGCCUACUGUUUGUAACCAGGAGAUCAGACAGACAGAUGUAGUCAAACAUCGUAUUAUUACCACAGAUGAACGUCCUGUUAGAAAGAAAGCAUACAAGAUUUCCAUUGAGAAGCAGAGUUUUGUUGAGAGUCAAAUCCAGGAACUCCUAGAAAAGAAAAUCAUUCGACCAUCUAGCUAUCCAUGGGCAGCGCCCGUGGUAGUGGUACAGAAGAAAGAUGGAGGCUCCAGACUCUGUGUUGACGAUCGUGGUUUGAAUGCCAAAACGUACCUUGAUGCCUACCCUACGCCACAGAUACAGGACAUCUUGGAGUCAUUACAUGGGGCAGCUGUUUUCACAACACUUGACUUAAGGAGUGGCUAUUGGCAACUGGAAAUGGAAGCAGAUAGCGUUCAAAAGACAGCCUUUACUACAUCUUCAGGGCUAUAUGAAUUUCUGCGUAUUCCUUUUGGGUUAAAAAAUGCAGCAGCUUCCUUUCAGAGACUUAUGGAACAUGUAUUACGGGAAUUAAAAGGUAAAUGUUGUAUGGUU